AUGGAAAAAUGUCUCAAGUUGAUCUCUAGAUUUAUGAAGUUGAUGCCUACAAUGUUUGAGGGUGGUCCAGACCCGAUGGUAGUGGAAGAUUGGUUUGAUCAGGUGAAGAAGUAUUUGUUAACUAUAGGUGUGUCGAAUAAUCACUUGAAGAUUAUCUUGGCCACUUAUAAUUUCUUUAAGGAUGCGAUGCUAUGGUGGAAGUCGGUUACUAACCGACAUGAUGUUGAGACUAUGGAUUGGGAUACCUACAAGGAGUUGUUCUAUGAUAAGUAUUUUCCUAUAAUAGAAAGAUGGGAGUUACAGAGGGAGUUUGAUCUCCUUAUUCAGGGCACUAUGACUGUGACAGAGUACGAGAACAAGUUCACCUUUCUUUCUCGUUUUACUCCCAACUUAGUAAGAGAUGAGGCAAAUAUGAUUCAAAAGUUUGUCUUUGGCCUUCAUUAUAGUAUAAGGCCAGCAUUGACAGCCCAAAACCUUAAAGUGUAUAUAGAGGCAAUAGAGAGAGCCUUGAUGAUAGAGGCGGAAGCAAAAGACAGGAAUAUGAAUAGGGAAUAG